CUAGCUGCUUGUGCGGCCGUGCAUGGUUUUGUCGCCAACAGUUGCAAAGAGAUCAUUCUGUCCUGCGCAAGCUUUGCCCAGGACGCGCUGUCGACGCGUGCGAGCAAGAGCUGCAAGAUUGAGAGCACACAUGCGCUGCCACUGCAUCCUUUUGCUAGCAGUCGUCCGCGGCCUGUCACCCGGCACCGCGCCUCUCCAGGGCUUACGUGCAGCCAUCGUAGGCGGAGGUGCCAGUGGCUUACUCCUCGCGCAUCGAUUGCUGGAUGCUGGCUGCACCGUAAAAAUCUUCGAGGGCCGCGCCGACCCGCGCAGCAGCGACGCGCUCGAGGGCCGUGCGUACGCGUUAGGCCUCGGUCUGCGCGGCCGCACGGCCAUCCGGUCCUGCGACGAGGAGCUCUGGCAGCAAGUGAAGGGCGCGGGCUUCGGCAGCGACCGGUUCACGAUCCACCUGCCCUUCGGCGCUAUUGAUCUGCGGAAGCCGGACCCAUCGCGAGAGCCGUCGGUCCUGAUCUACCAGACGGCUUUGUGUGGCGCGCUGCUCGACGAGCUGGAGCGGCGCCACGCGUCGGACCGCCUGCGCAUGAUUUUUGAACGAAAAGUGGAGGACGUCGACCCGCUGACCGGCGCCGUCGACGGCGAGACCUUCGAUUUGGUCGCGGGCUGCGACGGCGUGAACAGUGCGACGCGCGGUGCCAUCGCCGAGAGGUGCCCCGGCUUCGACGUCGAGCGCAUCGAGCUGCCGGGCUCCCUCAAGGUCGUGCGGCUCUCGAGUAUGCCGGCGCCGCUCGCGCCGGACGCGGUCCAUCUCGUGCCGGGGAAAGGCGGGCUCGCCGCAUUUCUGGAACCGACGAAGGACGGCGCGUGCGCCCUGCUGAGCUGGCGGCCCAGUGAGGAGGACCCUGGCACGAUCACGGACGCCGACGCGGCGCGCCUUUUGCUCGCCGACUCGUUCGCGCUCAUCGGCGCCGCGUUCAACACGACGGCGGUCGGCGAGCAGUUCGUACGGCAGAACUCGUCGCGUGCAGCGACGAUCCGCUGCAACGCGUACACGUACGGUCGCGUGGCUCUGCUGGGAGACGCGGCCCAUUCGACCGGCGGUGCCUCGGGCCAGGGCUGCAACAGCGCCUUGCAAGACGCCGCUGCGCUUGCUGAUGCCCUUAUUAAGACCAGCGGAGACGUCGUGGGCGCGCUCGAGACGUACGCGGCGGCUCGACUACCUGAGGGCCACGCACUUCUCGAUCUCAGCGUGGGCCCCAAGGGCGCGCUGCGCCGCGCGAGAUUCGGCCUCUCGGCGGUCACAUCGUCGCUGCUUUCAAAAUUAGGCAUCGGCGAGCCUCCGCUCCAGACCUUGCUCACGACGAGCCUCGAACCCUUCGCCGAAAUUCGCCGACGGCGCGACUCUACCUUUGGCAAGUUUCCCUCGGCCGAGGACUUUGCGCAGAUGAGGGCAAAAGCGACGGCGCCGACUCCUCCGCGGGACGGGCGCAAGACCGUCCGCUACGCCAGAAAUCCCUGGGACCCGCCAGAAGCGGAAGAGUACUACGAGGUGCGGUUCUCGCCGCCGCGGAGCUUUACGUACGAAGGUCUCGGCUCGACGGCGGCCCAAGCGGAGGCUGGCGUCACGACGACGCAUCGCUGCUCUAGUUUGAUGGAGGCGAACGCGCUCGCACGACGCGUUCUCGCAAGAAUGCCGUCGCCGACCGUGUGGAACUCAAAUGUCGCGUCGAUGGCGUGGGGGCGCCGCGAAACUCGAUUCUACACACAGGUCGCUGGCGAUCGCGACGUUCAAAAUCACGAGCGACUCCGUGCGCCUCCUCGACGCGGCGGCGCGCGCGCCGGUGGCCGACGCGGCGGACGAAUGGGUCGGGGAUUAUUCCGAUGUAUUAAAAAACGCGGCCUCCGCACCGGUCCCCGGCUCGGCGCCGGUGAGCAGCGACGACGACCGUCAGGCUGUCUGGGACGACAUGCUGCAGGAUUUGGCAGAACGAGAGGCCGCCGAGGCGCGGACGGACGUUGACGAGCAGUGGUCCGCGUACCUCCGAUCUUUACAAGUCACGCGAGAGAUCGACGCCGUGAUGAUUGGUGGGGAAAAUGGGCCCGCGCCGUGCCCGCUCUGCAAUGGCAAGGGCGUGCGCGUCAUGUUCGGGAAGGAAUCGAAGUGCGAGUGGUGCGACGGGCAGGGGUUUGUUGAUGAGGGAGCGGUAUGAUGUGUAACCUAUUUUGUCGAAA